AUGGCUCCCAAGAGACCUCUUGAAUCAGGAGAGCCCUCUUCAGAGGCCAAGAAACCCAAACGCGGUUUUAGAGUAGGGCCAGAUAAUUUGCCUGAUGGGCCAUGGCGAAGAAAAGUUACAAAAAUAAAAAAGGAUCUCAUUCAAAAAGCCAAGGUCAAGAAAGAAUACGCCAAGAUUAAGGCCCGCGAGCAGCAAAAGGAUGACAACGAUGAUGGCGUAAAUCCACAAGAUGAGACGCCCAAGUCGCAGGAAGAAGGACAAGAGAAAAUGCAUCCAACACGAGAACUCAUGCUCAAGGAUGAGGAGAAGGCACAAGCAGGCGCUGGCGCGUCCGCGGAUCCUACCAGCGAUGGCAUGAGACGACGCACCCGACGGCCAGGUUACUACGACAAGCAGCUCAAAAAGGCAGAGGAGCGCAAAAAGGAAUCCGAGCAGAAGGCUCAGGAGAUUCAGCGGAGGACAGAGGAGAGGGAGAGAAGGCUCGCGGAGAGGGAGCGGUUUAGGAAGGCCAUGGCAAAGACCAUCGGGAGGGAUGGCAAGAAGAAGUUGGGUAGGGAGAGUACGAUAUUACUCGAUAAAGUGAAGAGGAUUAUGGAGAAGUGA